AUGCAGUAUUACAUCCUUGAAUACUCCCAGUCCACAGUAGAACAGUCCUGUCUACCCAAUAUGCAGUAUUACACCCUUGAAUACUCCCAGUCCACAGUAGAACAGUCCUGUCUACCCAAUAUGCAGUAUUACAUCCUUGAAUACUCCCAGUCCACAGUAGAACAGUCCUGUCUACCCAAUAUGCAGUAUUACAUCCUUGAAUACUCACUCCCCACAGUAGAACAGUCCUGUCUACCCAAUAUGCAGUAUUACAUCCUUGAAUACUCCCAGUCUCCAUGUCCAUCUCCUCUAACCACCUACAGUGUCCCAUCUCCUCUACACACCUACAGUGUCCAUCUCCUCUACCCACCUACAGUGUCCAUCUCCUUUACCACCUACAGUGUCCCAUCUCCUCUACCACCUACAGUGUCCAUCUCCUCUACCACCUACAGUGUCCAUCUCCUCUACCCACCUACAGUGUCCCAUCUCCUCUACCCACCUACAGUGUCCCAUCUCCUCUACCCACCUACAAUGUCCAUCUCCUCUACCCACCUACAGUGUCCAUUUCCUCUACCACCUACAGUGUCCCAUCUCCUCUACCCACCUACAGUGUCCAUCUCCUCUACCACCUACAGUGUCCAUCUCCUCUACCACCUACAGUGUCCAUCUCCUCUACCACCUACAGUGUCCAUCUCCUCUACCCACCUACAGUGUCCAUCUCCUCUACCCACCUACAGUGUCCAUCUCCUCUACCAUCUACAAUGUCCCAUCUCCUCUACCCACCUACAGUGUCCAUCUCCUCUACCACCUACAGUGUCCAUCUCCUCUACCAUCUACAAUGUCCCAUCUCCUCUACCAUCUACAAUGUCCAUCUCCUCUACCACCUACAGUGUCCAUCUCCUCUACCCACCUACAGUGUCCAUCUCCUCUACCAUCUACAAUGUCCCAUCUCCUCUACCACCUACAGUGUCCAUCUCCUCUACCAUCUACAGUGUCCAUCUCCUCUACCACCUACAGUGUCCCAUCUCCUCUACCCACCUACAGUGUCCAUCUCCUCUACCCACCUACAGUGUCCCAUCUCCUCUACCACCUACAGUGUCCAUCUCCUCUACCACCUACAGUGUCCCAUCUCCUCUACCAUCUACAGUGUCCAUCUCCUCUACCACCUACAGUGUCCAUCUCCUCUACCACCUACAAUGUCCAUCUCCUCUACCACCUACAGUGUCCAUCUCCUCUACCACCUACAGUGUCCAUCUCCUCUACCACCUACAAUGUCCAUCUCCUCUACCACCUACUAACAUGGUAUUCGUGUGUGCAUGCUAA